AGUGACGGCCAUAUUUGCCGGUGCCGCUGUUGUAAACAAAAAGUGAGAGACAGACGCUUCACUGAAUUUCGGGUCAUUUUUAUUUCUUUAAUUUACAAUGUCUUUGGGAAUGUCUUAUAAACCCAAUAUCCACCAGCACAUUCCGGGAACUUCUGGGAAUCAGGUUGGAAACCUCCAGUCUUCCUCAGCAGCGAACCUGGCCACGUUGCAGUCUUACAGGCCUCUCCUGAAUGACUACGGACCUCCAUCUCUGGGAUUCUCUCAGGGCUCCACCGGCAGCCAAGUUCCUCAGAACAAAUAUGCAGAGCUGCUGGCCAUCAUCGAAGAACUCGGGAAGGAGAUCAGGCCCACAUAUGCUGGAAGCAAGACUGCCAUGGAGAGACUGAAAAGAGGAAUAAUCCACGCCAGAGGGCUGGUGCGCGAAUGCUUGGCAGAGACGGAGAGAAACGCCAGGUCCUAGCUGCAAUCCCACGUUCGUCCCUGCAAGAAGAACUAACCGUCUCAUCGAAACAAUAAAUAAACUUGCAUGGUAUUUCCUCUGAGAGGAGGAAGUAAAUGAACAAAGGAUUGGAAAAGCAAGCUCAUCUCCUAGAGGAAAGAAAAAAAAAAUAUACAUACAAUUCAUGACUCCUGAGGAUUCUGGAGGAUCAUUUAAAUCACAUGUCGCUCAUUGGAAUUCAAAUAUCAUCGAGGAUGUAGUUUGUUUUUAACGCCCCCAACUUUUGGGAUCUUAAUUUUGACUCCAUAUUUAAGCAUUUUGGUUUCUGCAUGUGAAAGGGCCCAUGGUUUUAAUUGUACCACACUGCAUGGCUUGUACAGGGUUAGAUGGAGACUUCUUUUUUGAUAGUGUUCAGUCUGUUUUUCAGACCCAUGUAAGACAUGAAUGAGUGAGUGUGUGAAGGACAGAUGUGCCAAAUGCAUUGGUUCAUUCGUGUUGAGGUUGGUUUUGGUAUUAAAAAAAAAGGAAAAUGCUGUUACUUGCAUCUUUGUAUGUAUUUAUUACUCAGUGUAAUAAAUUGUAUUUUCAA